UCAAUUGUCAAAUUGUGGAUGUGGAUGGCGUCAGGCGGGCGUCCGUCUACUUCUCGAGAAUAUUGCAAUUGCAGUGAAGUGAAAGAUAAUAAUACGAGUACAACGUUCGGCUUAACUUUCUAUUCUUGUAAUGUGAAUAAUAAGUCCUGAAAAUGGGAAAAAUCGGGGACUCUAAUACCUGCUCCGUACCGGAGUGUAAAUCUCGUAGUACGAAUGAAAUUACACUAUUUCAUUAUCCUAAAGAAGAGGCGCAGAGGAAAAAAUGGACUGAUGCUAUCAAGAUUGAGAGUAAAAUUACUCAAAACAUGCAAGUUUGCAACCGUCAUUUUGUGAAGAGUGAUUACAUUAUAUCAGAUAAUGCAGGUGCCAAAGUGAAGAGGCUAAAGAAAUCAGCUGUUCCGUCUCAGAACUUGCCGUGGCAGUUCCCGAACAAGAGAGUCAGUCCGACCCUCGCCAAGGCUCGCAUGGAGCGCUUGAAGAACCGACUACAGAAGGUGUCUGAUUCUCCAGGCAGCAAACCUGAAACUUCAGAUGCUAAACCAGAGACUCCAGCUAAAAAACCUGAAAGUGGCAGAAAAUCUGAGUCUAAUAAAAAAUCAGAGUCAGCAUCGAAAUCUACUGACAAUACUGAGGAUACAGAAGAAAUAAAGAGUGAGGUGGUAAGUGAGGAAGAUGAUGUAACUACUGGAAAAACAUCUGUCGGUCCUGAUGUGGAGAAAAAUGAAGAAAAUGAAAAAAAUUAUGAUGAUACUGUUGAAGAGGAUGGAGGUGAAGCUUCAGAGGCUAAAAAAGACGAUAAUAUACCUGCCCGUGGCCCGACGAGGCUCAGACAGCGGGAAGGAACGAUAAAAUGCGAGUAUUGCGGUAGAAAGUGUCUCACGCCCCAAGCGUUGCAGACUCAUCAACAAAUUGCGCAUAUUAAGAACGCCAGAAAUAACAUAAUUAAUCCUAAAAAGGACUCUUCAGUUAAUAAUAAGACUAAAUCAUCGCCUAAACCAACAAUUGUGCCGUUAAUUUCUGUGAAAAGUCCCGAAAAUCUGCUGGCCAAACCGCCUGUGAAGGCGAAGGCAGCUGUGUCUCUGAAUUCACGUGAGGUGGAGAAAGUGCUUCAAGACGACAGUGACUACGUCGCCACGGCGAGCGACUCCUCUGACGUGAGUGUGAAGGAAGAGAUUGUGGAAAAAAAGGAACAGCGGAAGGUUGAAUUUGAGUGUCCGAAGUGUAAGAGACGGUUUGCUGUGUAUUUUAUGGCAUACAAGCAUAUACAGAAGCAUCAUGCUGGGACGCCGAACGGAAGUAAAACUACAACUCUUCUCCCGAAACCAAUCCGCAUAGAGAUCUGCACGAUCUGCAGCACGUCAGUGGAGAGCAACUCCCACGUGUGCCCGGGGCCAAUAAAGCUGGCCAUGGGGCUCGUGUGCACCGGCUGCGAGCAGGAAUACAAGACACUCACUAUGUUCGACAUGCACAAGAGCAGCAAGCAUAGCGACGGAGUUGAGAGCAUGUUCUUCUCUACUCUAGACGAAUUUCUGCAAUGGAAGCAGAAAAUGGAAAACCAAACUAAGGUGACGUACGCAAUAUUGGACCAGAACGAUACGAAGAAAAUCUACCGCUGCACUUACCAUACCGGGCUAGGGCCUAGCAGCUACAGCCGGCAGCGGAUGUGUCCGUCGUGUGUCGUCGUCCAAGAGUUCACCAAGGGCUUCCAGGUGCACUACUACCCGAUCCACUACGGGCACGACUACAUGAAGUACAACCUCAGCAGCGCCUUCCAGCAGUACUCCAUCACCUCGCUGAUGAACCUCACCGCCAGGCAGCUGCCGGACGACGAGCCCAUCAAGACCACGGACCUGGACAGCCCGGACCUCUACUUACAGUUCCAGAAGAUCACAGAAACCAUUGUGAACGAAGCGGCCAGAAUUAAUGUCAACGGGCUUAAAAAACUCAUGCGGAAAGCUUUAGAGAUGAUGGAAGUUAUUAACAGCUAUGUUGAAGAUGAUGAUGAUGAUGGCAUCACCAGUUCAAAUUCCAUUUUGAAACUAGAUUCAGAUAAAGAUAACCUGCAAGAUGAUGUUAAGUUGGCGUUGGCGAAUUUUAAGAGAAAAUCAAAAGGAAACUCGGAUCAUGAGACACCGCCUAAAAGGAGCAAAUCAGUGUUCCAAAGCACUGAAAAUUUGAAAACGCCUAAAAACAGGUCUUUUUCAAAUAAAGAAACAGAUGUCAGAAAAGAUACGCUAAAGUUAAACCAAUCGCCAACUUUUAUAGAUACUUUCCAAGAUUUUGUGGGUAAAAGUAUGCCGAAAACUGAUGAUAGACUUAUGAAAAAAACUCUCAGUAGAAAAACGCCGCCAGUUAAGACUAAAGUCGGUCAAUACAAGCCUAAAACUCCUCCUAAAAAAGUAUCAUUUUCUCCUAAGAUAUCUACUUCCAGGGAAAGUAUUAAAGAAUUGGAAUAUGAGGUUAAAGAACAGGAGAAUGACUGUAAUAUAUUGAUUUUGAAGAUUUAGUGAUUUAGAAAAUGGACUGGUAAGAAGUAAGAACAUAUCCUUAAGUGUAAAGGCCAGGGCACGGCAGCGCGGGCGUAGACUUGCACGCAAGCGGUGUGCCGUCUCUCAUAAGAAUCUGUACAUUACAACGUGCACGUCGUGCAUACGUAUCCGGUGUGCGGGCCUUAGUGUUUUGUUGAACAUUUUUUUUAGAACUUCAAGAUUUUAAGUGCAUGGCUAUGAUUUCUCUGAGAAUCAAAAGUAGGAAAAUAGGCUAUUUUAAAAACAAGUCGAAUCAGCAACUUUUCAUCCCGUUUCCAGGACAGUACGAUUUAUCACGUACGCGCCAAUAGAAUUUGAACUUUAGCGUUCCGAUUUAAGGUUCAAAUUAGAUUAGACUUUCGGGAAAUGUGACUUGUCUUCAAAUGAACCAUCAAAGCAUUUCAUUGGUGAAUAAACGGUAGCAAAAAGAAUUUAAGAGGCGUAUUGUAGUAGUAAUAGUAGUUUGUGUUACAAGGGAUCAAGAUGAUAUAUUUCCGUCAAGGGCGUACAUUGAAUCCUGAGCGUAAUGAGGGAUUCAAGUGUUAACGCCCAAGACGAAAUAAUUUUGAUACCGUGUGACACAUACUGCUUUUCACAUCAACUAUGAGGAAAUUGUUAUGUUCCAAAAUAUGUAUGUAUUAUUUGACCAAAAAAAAAAUUGUAUGCAAGAAAGAAAAAAUCGUGUCCUAGAACAGAAAAGUACAACUUUGAUCCCUCCUAGCAGGGAAGAAAAGUGCCACUUUGAUCCCUCCUAGCGGGGAAGAAAAAGCCCUUUUUCGAAUAGGUGAUGUGAAAAGUAAAUUUUGUAGUCACCACAGUACAUUUACUGCCAUCAUUCGACACAGGAUUUAAACUUUUAGAACGCCAUAUGACUUUGUUCCUUGUUCUUUCACUGAUAUGUGUUAAAAUUGUUAAAUAACAAACGGUGUCGCCAUCUGCACGAGUAUAGGCCAAAGGUAUGGCACCAUCUUUUCGAACAUAAAUAUUUCUUGAUUUUCGGAGGCACGUUUUUUUAGACUAUUUCUCUUAUAAGGACUUAUAUAUAUCUUUGAUGGUAGACUGCAACUGUUAUGGUACUAUAGGAUUUUAUUAAAAUAUAGUACGCCGUAAAAGUACCUAUUCCUUCACCAAACAUGGUUAUUUUUUUAAACCCAUCCUAAAAUAUUUAUGAUUUAUAGGGUAAUUAGCCAGUAACUGGCCAGUUUUAGUAACUGGCCGCCCUAAACUGAAAAUGAAUUCUAUUCACCUAUAAACAGAAUUCAUUUUAGUAUACGGCGGCUAGUUAUUGAACGCUGGCCAGUUAUUGAAACCUUAUACUGAAAUGAAUUCUGUUUAUAGGUGAAUAGAAUUCAUUUGGUGGCCAAUUACUAACAGUGGCCAGUUCCUGGCGAAUUACCCUACUCUGGCGAGCCUUUGUCGGUAGAAAAAGGCGCGAAAUUCAAAUUUUGUACGGGAGAUCGAAACGCGCCUACUAUUUUCAAAUUUGCCGCCUUUUUACUGACAAAGCUGGCUUGCCGGAGUAUACGAAAUAUCUAGAAAAUGUAAGUUUUGCAUGUAACUGAGAUGUGUUGUUUUUAUGUAAGCGUGUACAUAUGAAUAAAGUAAGAUUGCCUUUA